AGGGACUGGGGGUUGCGCGCGGCGUCCGGAGGCUGGCGGGGCUCCCGCCUCGGGUCGCCGGGGAUCCCACGUCGGCGUCCGGGCGCCCCCUGGAGGAUUUGGGGAGGGGGAAGGAAGAAGAGACUAUUACUGAGUUGGAUGAUGUCGGGGGUGCGGGAAGUGUGUGGACAAGCAGGCGUCGGCAAAAUGGGUUCAGAGGGAGUCACGAAUCACACUGAACCAAAAAACGUCCAGCAUUUUCUUCAGUUACAAGCAAAAUGAAUAUUCCCAUGCUGCUCCAACAUCCUCAUCGUGACUUCCUUAAAGUCCUUUUAAGAACACUUUACCGACGUUACUACUUCAUCUUACCCUCAAGUACUCACCUCAGAUCAGGAAUCCCAUGUACUCAGCCAUUCAGUUCUCUCGGACUCCAUCAUGCCAAGUGGAUGCUGCCGUCAAAUGGUUUAACAAGAAAAUUAUGUCUACAAACAACCUUAAAGGAACAAACACAAGGACUUUCUGAUAAAGAACAAAGGCUUGUGGCUGAGCUUUAUACUGGUUUAAUCCAAGGGCAAAGGGCCUGCUUGGCAGAGGCCAUAACUCUUAUAGAAUCAACUCACAGCAGGAAGAAAGAGUUAGCCCAGGUGCUUCUUCAGAAAGUGUUAGUCCACCACAGAGAACAAGAAAAAUUAAAUAAAGGAAAACCACUAGCAUUUCGAGUGGGAUUGUCUGGGCCUCCUGGGGCUGGGAAGUCAACCUUUAUAGAAUAUUUUGGAAAAAUGCUUACUGAGAGAGGGCACAAAUUAUCUGUGCUGGCUGUGGACCCUUCUUCUUGUACUAGUGGUGGAUCACUCUUAGGUGAUAAAACCCGAAUGACUGAGUUAUCAAGAGACAUGAACGCAUACAUCAGGCCAUCUCCUACUAGAGGGACUUUAGGAGGCGUGACAAGGACCACAAACGAAGCUAUUCUGUUGUGCGAAGGAGGCGGAUAUGACGUAAUUCUUAUUGAAACCGUGGGUGUGGGGCAGUCGGAGUUUGCUGUCGCUGACAUGGUUGACAUGUUUGUUCUUCUACUGCCACCAGCAGGAGGAGAUGAAUUGCAGGGUAUUAAAAGAGGUAUAAUUGAGAUGGCAGAUCUGGUGGCUAUAACCAAAUCUGAUGGAGACUUGGUCGUGCCAGCUCGAAGGAUACAAGCAGAGUAUGUGAGCGCGCUGAAGUUACUCCGCAGGCGUUCAGGAGUCUGGAGACCAAAGGUAAUUCGUAUUUCUGCCAGAAGUGGAGAGGGGAUCACUGAAAUGUGGGAUACAAUGAAAGAAUUCCAGGAUGUGAUGCUUGCCAGUGGGGAGCUGACUGCCAAGAGACAGAAGCAGCAGAAAGUUUGGAUGUGGAACCUCAUUCAGGAAAAUGUGGUAGAACAUUUCAGGACCCACCCCAGAGUCCGGGAACAGAUUCCUCUUCUGGAAAAAAGGGUUCUCAGUGGGGCCCUGUCCCCAGGGCUAGCAGCAGACCUGUUGUGGAAAGCUUUUAAAAGCAGAGACUAAUGAAGUACACCCUAUCCAAUAACUUUAUAUAUCUUUUCAUACAUAUAAAGUUACUGGAUAGGAUGCACUUCAUUUUAAUAAAGUAUUUUAAUAUUAAAAGUCACUUGCUGGGGCCUCCCUGGUGGCGCAAGUGGUUAAGAGUCCGCCUGCCGAUGCAGGGGAUGCGGGUUCGUGCCCCGGUCUGGGAGGAUCCCAUAUGCCGCGGAGCGGCUGGGCCCGUGAGCCAUGGCCGCUGGGCCUGCGCAUCCGGAGCCUGUGCUCCGCAACGGGAGAGGCCACAACAGUGAGAGGCCCACAUACCGCAAAAAGAAAAAAAAA